AGAAAGAACACAGUUAUCAAAGAUGGCGAAACAUUGAUAACAAGAAGCCAUAUGUUCUUUACAAAUAUGACUAUUUCGUGAAUAAGCUGCUGCUGCAAAAAAACGUUUGGAAUCAUCAUAGCUAGCUAAGUAAUUGUGACCGGUUAAAAAAAAACAAGGGCUGAAAAUGUCGGAGACGAGUGUUUUGCAUCAACGGAUAAGCUCCGUCAUGGACAUUCUAACCUCCGCUGCCGUGACAGAGAUUUGCAAGUUAGUAGAGGAUUGCUGUGGAGCGUUAAGUGUAGAAGUCUUUCAAAGCAAAGAGCAAAUCAAAAUGCUAGAGAAGCAACUCAGCCUGACCAAGUCGAGGUACAGGUCGGUGAGUGGCAAAGAAGGACAGACGCUUGUUACCAGUGGUUCAUCGAGAACCAACAGUCCUUCCGGCAAUUCCCCCGCGUCUGAUGAUGAAGAUUUCCAGCAGUUCAUUGUCUCUGAAGUGGAGUUUCCCCCUGAGCAGCAGCAUUAUAGGCAGGAUUGGAGCCCUGAUCUGGGGCAAGAUGACUGGAACCCCAUUAAAGAGGAACAGGAGGAAUUCAGGAUCAUCCAGGAGGAGGAAGACUCUGUAUUCACUCCUGCCUGGGUGAAAAGUGACUAUGAUCAGUACCCAACUCAGUCCUCACAAACCCAAAGUGAAGAAUACAAAGACAGAAUGGCCUUUACUGAAGAGUUCAAAACAGAACCUAAGGUAGAUGAUUCCCCAGAGCCAACCAGUGAUUCUCAGCCCCAGUGCAAAUUGAAGAAGACAUGGACAGAAAAAGGACAAAGCUCGAAUGGUGGAGAAUCCCUGGAUCUGAAAUCACCAGUGCAAAGGAGAAGUCACACAGAAGAUACAUCAUUUUGCUGUAGUGAUUGUGGUGAAUGUUUCACUCAGAUGGGAGAACUGGAUUCUCAUAUGAGGACCCACAUACGGGAGAAAUCGUAUCACUGUCAGGAUUGUGACAAAGUAUUCACUCGGCUUGACCGCUUCAAAUUGCAUAGGAAGGCCCACACAGGAGAGAAACCGCAUCGCUGUGGUGAAUGUGGCAAAUGUUUUUCUCAAGUUGGAUAUCUGAACUAUCACAUAAAGACUCACACAGGGGAGAAACCUCAUCGCUGUCAUGAUUGUGGCAAAUGUUUCUUUCGAGUUGGUGAGCUGACACUUCAUAGGAGGAUUCACACAGGCGAGAAACCACAUCGCUGCCUGGUCUGUGGCAAAUGUUUUGCUCGUCCUAGUAAUCUGAGUUCUCACAUUAGGAUUCACACAGGGGAGAAAUCUUAUAGCUGUCAUCAUUGUGGCAAAUAUUUUCGUCAUAAAGGUAAUCUGACAACGCAUAUGAGGAUCCACACGAGGAAAAUUACAUCAUUGUCGCUAUAGUAGCAGACCUUUCAGCACUGGCGGUAGUCACAUGAGGAUAAUCACAUGAGCGACAAACUAUAUUGCUGUCAGGAUUGUUGUAAAUAUUUCACUAAUUGUUUGAAUCUGAAUCGGCUGGGGAGACGGAGAGGAGAGACCACAUUACUGCCAUGACUAGAAAAUAUUUCACGACUGCCUUUUUUUUUUACAUUGUGUAUGAGACAUUCACACGGGAGGAAUCUUACAAGUGUCUGUCAAAUGCUUAAGUACCAAAAGUGCAUUGAAUUGUCAUCAGAAUACACACUGAGAAGAAACUAUUUAGGCUAAGUCGUGAUUGCUUCACAACAAAGCAAGGCUUAAGCAGACAUAUGGAGAGAAUGUAGGGGAACAUGACUGUGCCCUGUGUAGAGAAGGGCAUCAGACAGACAAGUUACUAUUGUUCAUAGUUUUUAACUUGAUUAUAUUAGUCACCUUUUAUAACUUGUCAUGUGAACCCUUUUUUUAUUUUUUUAUUUAUUUAUUUCACCUUUAUUUAACCAGGUAGGCAAAUUGAGAACACGUUCUCAUUUACAAUUGCGACCUGGCCAAGAUAAAGCAAAGCAGUUCGACACAUACAACAACACAUAGUUACACAUGGAGUAAAACAAACAUACAGUCAAUAAUACAGUGAAAAAUAAGUCUAUAUACAAUAUGAGCAAGUGAGGUGAGAUAAGGGAGGUGAAGGCAAACAAAAUAUAUAUAUAAAUAAAUAAAAAUAUAAAAAGGCCAUGGUGGCGAAGUAAAUACAAUAUAGCAAGUAAAAAAUAACACUGGAAUGGUUGGUUUGCAGUGGAAGAAGGUGCAAAGUAGAGAUAGAAAUAAUGGGGUGCAAAGGAGCAAAAUAAAUAAAUACAGUAGGUAAAGAGGUAGUUGUUUGGGCUAAAUUAUAGAUGGGCUAUGUACAGGUGCAGUAAUCUAUGAGCUGCUCUGACAGGCAAUCACUACAAUAUCUGUCAAAUAAUUGGUCCAACGAUAGUGAUACAAUUAUCUUGAUCUGAUGAAAUCCACGUUGAUGCAAGCUGUUACCGAGUCUAGCUCAAAUGGUCACUUAAACUGGUCCUAUUGAAUCCAGUAGAAACCAUUAGAUUCCAGUUCAGCCCACUAGACACCAGUAGCCAUUCUCCACCUGAACAAACUGGAUUUUCACCUAGGGAAUUGAUACAUUGUUCAUGUAUGCAUGUAUAAUACCUACUUCGGUGUGUAGUUAUUGUGUUUUGCCCCCUAUUGAGUACCGUCGUCCUUGUAAAUCAUGAUAAAACAUUUUAUGGAAAAGUUAUAGAAUGAUUUCUUGAAAAGAGUGGGAGCCCUGUUAAAAAAACGAAAGAAAUAUCAGAAUUACUUCGAGGUCCGUGUGUUUUAUAACUAGUAUAAGAUAUGUUGAUAAUAAUCAUUUUAGCCUUUAUUAUUCAUUUUACAGUUUCACGUGACAUGACUAACUUUGAAAUAAUUACACUUGACCCGGAAGUGCUUCAUUACUCUUGUAGGCUUCACGGGUGACGGAACGCAACGCGAGCUAGCCAUUGGCAUUAUCUGAAAAAUGUCUAAAUUGGAGUUGUUGAGAGUGAUUUUUAACCAACGAUGUACAGGCGCUGCGGAUGAGAUAUUCAGAGCCGUUGCAAAAACGAUAUCAGAGUACCAGGACAACGUUUAUCUAUCGAAAGAGGACAACAGACGUCUACAGGGGCUGCUUGACAUCAUCCUGAAACCUGAGAUAAAGUUGUAUAAAGCAGGUUUGUUACUUUUUUCCCCCUCUGUUAUUCAACAUUCAUUUUUAUAAACAUUGACAAUUGACAGUUUAAUUCGGUUAGCAGGAAGCUAAGCAACGUUUUUUUGAUACCUAGGCUACAUCUAGCAAGCUCACGCUGGGUCACUAGCAGGCCGGCCUCUGCAUAGCCUGAACAACCGCUUGUGAUCGCUGCAAGGUUAUUAUAGUUUUGUGAUUUAAUAUUCGUUUUUUAUUUUUAUUAGAAAUUCAGUUCGUUUUUAGACUUGAUUUGCUAAUUUUUAUUUUGUUUGAGUUUUGAUAGAAAUGUUUAUUUCGUUUUUAUAUUUAGUAGCCUGUGUGUGGGAGGCCAGGAGACAUUUGUUGUUGGCCUAUAGUUUUUUUUUGUCAUGUCACUUCUGGGUGCUGUAAUAUAUAAGGUGAUGGGCCUGGACCACAGACAUAACAUCUCUAUCUGUGUCACGAUGGCAUCUGUGAGAGAAUGGGCAGUGCCGUCGAGGCCAUCUCGUCUAAAAAGUCAAUUUUCUUCUUCAUGAGUAAAAUUCAUAGGGCGAUUAUUCCUGAUGACCUGGCAUCAGGACUCUCACUGAGUCAUCAGGAAGGAACAGACAAUGAAUUGGGAAGUUAAUUAAAUCAAAAUGGUGUAAGUCCUCAAAGACACUGCCCAUGCUAGCACAUGCUUUUAGCCAGUAGAGGCGACUCCAUGCAACGUGAGGGCCGGGACAUAGGUUUGGUUUCAAUUAUAUAUCAAUCCGAAUGUGACUUGGAUUGAAAGGAUAAGCGCCUAGACUGGUGAAAGAAAACUCUUUCCCAAGUUUACACCAAUCCAAUGCCUUUAACUUUAGUUGUAAGAAUAAUUAAGUCCCUUAACCUGACAGAGUGGAAAAAACUAAUUAAGUCAUGGUACAUUUGACAUGUUAUGUUUAUGUAAUAUUAAACAUGUACAGUGCAUUUGGAAA